AUGUGUCGGAAAACUUGGUGCGGUUUUUUAACCUUCCCUGGCCUCACCCUAAUCUCCUCCUCCUCCUCCUCUUUCUUCCUUCCUCCUCCUCCUCUUUCCUCCUACUCUUUCCUCUUCCCCUACUCCUCCUCCUCCUCCUCUUCUUCCUAUUCUACCUUCCUCCUCCCCUACUCCUCCUCCUACUCCUUUCCACCUUCCUCCUCCUCUUCCUCUUCCUCUUCCUCCUCCUCCCUUGGACAUCCCCUCACCACCCCCACUCCCGCCCCAACAUUCCACCUAGUGCUGUCAGCAGAAGAGACGCCCCUCAUGCAUAUUAAGUUCCAGUACCCGAGAGCUGAUUCCAGACGUGGGAUUCUGGGCACGAUGACUCGAUUAACGACGCGGAGACGUCGACUUCGGUCCUCUGGAGGCGUCCCCGACGGGCCCCUGGCUUGCAACCCCAUUUCAUUUCCUUUUACUGUACCUACUUUCAUGGUCUCUUUCUUUCCAUCUUACUAUUGGCGGUCUUCUCUGGCAACCACACUCACGAGCAGCGUAGCAGAUGUGAUAACGCUCUUUGAUCACGGCUAUAGUACCUCCAACAGUGCCGGGACGGAACGACAGCACCGUCUUCCCGCGGGAUCCUCAGGCGGGGAAAAUGACGCAAAGCGAAGGUCGCAAGUGACACAUACACUUGCAGGACGUAACCAGCGAGGUGCUAUCGCAGGUGAUAAUACCCCUGCAUACGUAGGCCGUGAUCCAAAGAAGUGUACAAUUUACCGCAGGUGGCUCAAAGACACCAGCGAAACAAUCCUCCAAAGGCACAAUUACUUAUGA